AUGAGCGCAUCGAGGGACAGCGAAAAAUAUAGAUUUGAGACUCCAAGGGUAAUGAAAUCACCCUCGCCAUCAUUGGAUUCAGCUGUAUCGAUAUCCAGCUAUGCUAGGAGCAGGAGUUCCGUGACUAGGGGUUUUAGAAAUGGUUCUAGUUCGGGCUCCUCUUCUAGAAGCAGCUCACCACUGAGGCCUGGAUCAUUCGGAGGCGAUCCGUACUUGCAAUACGGUAAAAUAAGGAACAGAUCGGAAUCAUCAAGUUAUGAGAAUGGGAGCGGUAAUUUAGAUAAGUAUACAGGAACUAUUAAAGUAGUGAUACGGCCUAAGCCAUACCCAACGGAAAAAAUUGUAUCCUGGAAAAUUCAUGGCGAUAAAGUAAUAUCACAUAAUGAUAUUGGUGACUUUACGUUCGACCAUGUAUUUUCAACUGGUUGCUCAAAUUUUGACAUAUAUGGAAAGACUACGCAACCCCUGAUAGACAGGUUAAUUGAAGGUUACAACGCCACUAUCUUCGCAUAUGGUAUGACUGGUUCAGGGAAAACAUUUACGAUGAGUGGUACUGAAGAGGAAAAGGGGCUAAUACCACUAUCAGUUUCGUAUUUGUUCAGCUCAUUGCUUGAGAAAACUAAUACUGAAAAUGAAAAAAGUGAAGUGUGGGUGUCAUACCUGGAAAUAUACAAUGAGAAAAUAAAUGACCUUUUAGACGUAGCGAGCGGCAGCAACGUACAAAACACUCCGUCAAGAUUAUUCACAUCUACACAUACUAGCAGUUCAGGUGAUUUGAAAAUAAGAGAUGACUCUGAAUGCGGUGUGCGAGUCGUAGGGUUAACCCAAAAGAGGUGUGACACUAGUGAAGAAGUUUUGGAUUGGAUCAACAAAGGCAAUAAGAAUCGUAAAACCAGUGAAACUGAGUUCAAUACUAGGAGCUCGAGAUCUCAUGCAAUUGUGAUGAUACGGCUUAUUUCUAAGGAUAUUAGAACUGGAGAACAAAAUAUAAGAACGCUAUCAUUGUGUGAUUUAGCGGGGUCAGAGCGAGGAGUAGGUCAGAAUGAAAGACGUAAAGAAGGUGCAUUCAUUAAUCGUUCAUUACUGGCAUUAGGAACAGUAAUAUCUAGACUAAGUGCAGAAAACAAUGGAUCACAUCAUACUGGUAGAGCAGCUAAUUCCCAACAGUCAUUGGCGUCUCCAAAUGGAAGUAGUUCCGGGAAUCAUAUACCAUAUAGAGAUUCUAAGUUAACCAGAUUAUUGCAACCUGCUCUAAGCGGUGAUAGUGUUGUCGUUGCACUAUGUACAAUAGAUUUGGCACACGAGAGUAGCAGUGAGACCUUGAACACGCUGAGGUUUGCGAGCCGGUCUAAGAACGUUGCACUCGAUGUUUCACGUGUCUACAAGCGGAUAAAUCGAUCUGCUCAUCCAUUUAGUUCACCCUCAAAGUUAGACGGUGGUGAUGACAGAAGCGAACAAAGAAUUCAAGAGCUAUUGAUUCAAUUGCAAACAAGGGAUCGAGAAUUAGCAAAACUUCGGGAAGUCUCUGCCGGAGUUGCAUCCGGAACAAUGAAUGGUGCACAACAAAAUUUGCAUCCAGAUACGCAGCUAUUAACCAAGGAGAACUUGUUGUUGAAAAACAAGUUGAAGCAUUAUGAGAGCUUGCUGGUAGAAGACGGAAUGGGUGUAUCGGGUGCGAGCACAAGAAACACCAGUAAUAGCAGCAGUUCUUCCACUCUGGUUAGCUCUUCGCCUGCCCUUGAUAACAAAGGAAGGUAUGCAGGUACGAAUAGCACUGGCGUGGAUGCUGAGUUAGAAGAAAUUGCGCAAUUGCUACCAUCAGAAGUUGCCGUUAUGCUAGAGACCAAAUUCGACAACUUGAGGCGUCAACUACAGUCGGCACACCGUUACUCGGAGUCCCUAGAGAAGCAAUUGAACGACUCUCACACUGAAACAGAGCAAUUAAAGAGGUCGCUGCAAACAAAGGAUAAACUGAUUGAGGCUUUGACAAGUGCUAAGAGAUUGCAACAGCAGCAAUAA